CGUUUAAAGCUAAAACACCUUCUGUGUCUUGUGAACACUGUCUGAAACAAGAUGGAGAUUUUCACCUUGAGGAAACUGUCUGCGUCUUGUGUUUUACUAACUCUUUGUAUUGUUCUGAGAGUUUUUUAUAACAUCUGGUGGAGACCCAAAAGCCUCGAAAAGCUUUUAAAGAAGCAAGGAAUCAGGGGCACUUCUUACAAGCUCUUUAAUGGCGGCAUGAGAGAGAGUCAGAGGUUGAUCAAAGAAGCAUGGUCCAAGCCCAUGAGUUUAAACCACCAGAUUGCACCUCGUGUCAACCCCUUCUUUCAUCAAAUGGUGCAGAAAUAUGGAAAAAUUAGUAUGAGUUGGAUUGAAACGCGACCCAGGCUGAUAAUCGCGGACCCAGAGCUGAUGGCACAGAUAUUAAAUGACAAGAAUGGUCAGUUCCAAAAGCCACCAUUGAACCCUCUUGUUGAUCUUCUAACGCUUGGAAUCAACACCUUGGAAGGAGAUAAAUGGGCCAAACGCAGAAGAUUGAUUGCUCCUGCAUUUUACCAUGAUAAAUUACAGGGGAUGCUGCCAGCAUUUUCAACCAGUUGUUGCAAAUUGAUCAAUGAGUGGAAGAACUUGGUUGGUUCUCAAGGAUCAUUUGAACUGGAUAUUGAGCCUCAACUCCAAAUUCUUUCAUCUGACGUCAUUUCUCGAGCAGCAUUUGGAAGCAGCUAUGAGGAAGGACAACAGAUUUUUAAACUUCAAAAAGAGCAGGUGGUUCUGGCGCUUGAAGCAUAUCAGGCCAUAUAUGUACCCGGGUUAAGGUUUUUACCAACUAAAAAGAACAAGAGGAGGUAUCAGAUAGACAAUGAGAUAAAAGCAAUGCUAAGGGAAAUGAUCCAGAAGAAAGAGAAAGCCAUGUCAAAUGGGGAAUCAUGUGAGAGUGAUCUACUAGGCUUGCUUUUACAAUGCAAACAACAGAUUGAGAAUGACAUGACAAUUGAAGAUAUAAUAGAAGAAUGCAAGUUGUUCUACUUUGCUGGCCAAGAGACCACUGCUAACUGGCUUACAUGGACGAUGAUUGUCUUGUCUAUACAUCCAGACUGGCAAGAGAAGGCAAGAGAAGAGGUUCUACAGAUCUGUGGGAAGAAAACCCCUCAGCUUGACUCAAUAAACCACCUCAAGAUUGUUUCAAUGGUUCUACAUGAGGUUAUAAGGUUGUAUCCGCCUGUGAUGGGUUUAUAUCGACACACUCUCCAGCAAAACGACAUCGGUGGCUUGUGGCUUCCUGCUGGGGUCGACAUUUUCUUACCAAUACUGCUAUUACAUCACAAUCCCGAAUACUGGGGCGAUGAUGUGGGAGAAUUCAAACCAGAGAGAUUCGCUGAAGGAGUUUCCAAGGCAUCAAAAGAUCAGCUUGCAUUCUAUCCAUUUGGUUGGGGACCAAGAAUCUGUUUAGGCCAAAGCUUUGCCAUGAUAGAAGCAAAGCUUGCUCUAGCCAUGAUUUUGCAACAUUUUUCAUUUGAGCUUUCUCCUUCAUACACACAUGCCCCCUAUACUGUUAUAACCCUUCAACCGCAACAUGGAGCUCAAAUAGUACUACACCAAAUCUAAGGUGUGCACUUGGAAUAAUGAGUCUAUGACGUCAUAGGCUACAUGCGUUGUAACUGAUUGCAUGAAAUUUCUGUACUAAUUAUUAUACAAUAAAGGGGGUGAUUUUAUGUUGUCUGG